UUGAUUCUCAAUAUCGCUAUUUUUGUGUUUUUGAACCUUUUAUUUUUAAGAAACUGUAAAUGUAUAAAUGAAACUUAUCAGGAAAAUGGUACCAAAUAUCUUAAGUGUUACAUAAAAGGAGUUUAUAUAUCAGAUACAUCUUUUAAGUUUAAUUAUGUUGUGUUUAAAUAUGAUGUUGAAGUAACUGAAUGUGUAAAGAAUAUAAAGCUGCUUUUCGAUAUACCUAAUUGGAGAAACGGCCAGUCAUUAGCUAAACCUGCUACAAAGAAACAUAACUUUUUUACCAAGUGGUUUAACCAAGAAACGGACUCUCACAUUGAAAAGGAACCCAUAAUCAUAAACUUAAACAAAGAAAAUCUAGAUAGUUCAACGCAAGGAAUUGUUAGCUAUCCAUUGAAUUGUGGAACCAAGAAUGUUAUUCUAAUAGGAGUAACUGUAAAAGAUAAAUUUCAAGAAUUUUCGUUUGAGUAUAAAGUGAAUUUGAAAGUGUCAAGCAAAAGGGUAAAUUAUUUAAAUUCAUUAAGAGUAACAUCGAAUGGUAAAGUAAUGCCUUAUGAACCAAUAUUAUCCAAUGGGUAUCGAAACUAUAAAUUUUACGUUUACGAAUCAACCAUUGAACCAAUAAAACUAAAGGCUGAAUGUGAUUAUGGCACACCGACUGUAAAUUCAACUUCAACUAAUGAAUAUAGUUUUCCAAUGAUUAAUAAAAAUACAACAAUUAAGGUAACCUGUCCAAGGCUAAGCAAUAAAGAACAUGAUUCGAUAUAUGUGUUAGACUUUAUCCACUCGUUGAAAACAGCGGUGCCGGCUCCUGAUCUAAUAAUGCCACUUAAUACACAGAUCCCAUGUCAAAUACAAAGUUCCGAUGAAACUGAUAUUAAGAUUAUGUGUGACAGUACUACUCCGAAUAACAGCCCAUUUCUGAUAAGGACCGAUAGUAGAUAUAAAUAUUUACUAUCAAAACAUGUUAAAGGAAUCGAGCAACACGAAGAGAUAACAAAUAAUGCUCUAACGAGCAGUCUUGAUUUGGAGCAUGAUAUUAAAAUACUCGGAAUAGCUGGAAAGUCAGUAACCAGCUACACACUAUCAAAAACAAAAAAAUAUGAAUACUUGGGAUCGGCGUAUAAAAGGCUCAUAUAUCUUAUCGUGAUAUUGCCUAAAUGGAUAUUUAUAUUCACAAACAUAUUGCAGAUAUUUGUUGAGCACAGAUUAAAGGUGGUAUUCCAUUCCACAUCAAUAAUUGGAUCUUUCCUUCUGAUAAUGUCAGAAACUAUAUGUUCAGUAUCAUCUAGAGAUAAUUCUGAUAUUAUAAACGGUUGUAACAGUGUGAGCCCUUUGAAAAUUUUUGGAGCCAGUAUGAAUUUUCAGACUAACGGAUCAUUAUUGCAGAAUGUUCUAAUAAUUUUUAUAAUUUAUCUUACCAAUAAGAAACCUCAAACAAGACUGGUUCACUUAGUCACGAAUUAUUUUCCAGUUUCAAUGAUUGCAAACAUUUUCACGUUCAAAUUCACAGUUUAUUUCAUAUCAACAAUUUGUGUAAGUUCAAGAACAAAUAGAUAUAAUCAGAUGAAUUCAUUUCGGAAACGACAAACCGAAUUUAAUAUUUCAGUAAAUGAUGAACAGUAUUUUAAGAAAAAUAUGGGUUCCAUAGGACUAUUGUCUAGCCUUAGCUUCAUUGUUUUAUUGAGCCUAGUGUUUAUAAAGGGGUUUGAAUUCAUAAUAUUCAACUCCCUGGAGAUAUGUAAAAAAAUUAAAAAUAAGGAGUUAAUAUGGAUCUGGGAUGAGACCGAUAGCUGUGAAAUUGAUGAAACCAGCGAUCACCAAAUGCCACUUCCGGUAAAAGAUAAUGGCAAAUUUAGUGGUUAUUGGUCUGAAGCGCAUUGUAACUUACUGUUUACACCUUUUGUUCCAACGUAUCUAUCUAGAAAAUUUCGUUUUUUUAAAAACGAGAAGGCACACCUUUGUGGAAGGGUUAAGAACGUCAAUCUGAAAUCGGAACUCGAUAAUGAACACGAAUUGUUACAGGUCAUUCUUCCUGAUGUCCUAGUUAUGGACACAAGACAGAAAGUCGACGACUCCGUUAUGCCAUUAAACGGCUCCAGAGCCCGUAUCGAUGAUGGUGAUUUCGAUUUUACAGUGUUGAAUAAGGCUUCGGAGAUUACAUCAAACCAGAAGACCUAUGUGCAACUGGAAACACUAAGGGAGCCUAAAACUAAGUUUCUAUCUACAGUUCUGGGAACAAUAGAGACAAAGAAUUUAGUUUACUACGUAGAUUUAAACCUCUUAAAACAAGUGAGUCAGUGUGGCGCAAAUAGGUUCCUGCCGGUUAAAGUUAAAAUAAAUCAACUGAUGAAAAUGACAAACAACAAUGAUGAACCUAUACGAAGAAACGUAAGAAUAUUGCUAAUAGGGAAGAUUUUAUUGCUGUUUAAAAUUAUGAAUGCAGUAAUGUAUCUGGUCAGUUUAAGGACCAGUAGCAAUGUACUGAAAUGGUUACAAAUUCUUUCACACUCAGCCCUAGCGAUUUAUAUUAUAGCUUGUAAACCUUACUCUGAUGGAAUUGAUAAUAUUUUUGGAUCUAUCUGCUUAUCAAUCGGCAUAUUGUUUAUUUUAAAAUUUUCCGGCUAUCAACCCAUAAAUGGUCCAAAUAAACUCAGCAUAUUAGACUACUUAAUCAUCAUAUCGAUAUUGUUGAUCGUUUCAUACUCAGUCAUUGUAUCAAUUUUAUUCGCACUGGAUUUAGUUUUAUCACUAAUCUACGAAGACAAUAUCAUGAGUUUCAUCAACAAAAAUCGUGAUUAUAAGUGUUUCUCAAUUCACAUAGUUGGCUAA